AUGAUAUUAAGAACGGGCGAACAAAUUAAGUGUGCGCAUAUAGAUGAUAUCAGAAUCGUAGAGACCCGAACAGAAGUUCUUUAUAAAAACUCUACUAUUACUUUCUUAGAUCUUUCUUUUAGUAAGUUUAAUUUUGAAGAUAUAAGAACAUUAUCAGAUGCUCUUUGUAUAAAUGAUUGUAUAACUUCUUUAAAACUAUAUUCUUGUGGACUUGAUUCUAAAGAUGCAGAAUUGUUGGCAGAUGCGCUUUGUAAAAACACAAUUCUAUGUUCCCUAGAUGUUUCUAGCAAUUAUCUUUAUGAUGAAGGGGAGAAAGCAACAAAACUUUACAAACAAACUUAA